AUGGCGGAUGUGGCCGCGGGGCUGAAGCCGGAAGGAGCCGCUUACUGGAGCCGGGACCGAGUUUCUGACGAGAGGAAUUUGAGACCCAGGCAACUGCGGAAAGGGCAGAAGACCGCAGCGAAGGCCAGAGCAGCUGUGGAUUUGAAUCCGGCCCCAAUGGAGGUCCUGAAAAGGAUUGGAGAAGAAGCUGGGCAGCAGGGGUCGGACAAGGGAGAACCGAAAAGUGCUUCUUUAAAGGAUUUAUGCCCCGAAGACAAAAGGCGCAUCGCGAACUUAAUUAAGGAGCUUGCAAGAGUGAGCGAGGAAAAAGAGGUGACGGAGGAGCGGCUGAAAGCCGAGCAGGAGGCCUUUGAGAAGAAGAUCAGACAACUGGGAGAUCAGAAUGAGCUCAUCAUCAAAGAGAGGGAAGAUAUCCUUUCGGUGUGCGUGGGUACAAUGGAGG